AUGAAAGCGGUCGCGGGCGCCGGGGACAAGUCGCAUGUAGGGCGCACCGGAAGUGCUGGUUUUUUAUCGACAGCCACACCCACUUGUUGCGUCGCGUUGCAGUGCGUUUAUGUUUCAGUGUGAGCCAAGUGUAGCAGCUUCGAGACGUAUUGCUCCUGCGAACUGCUUUUGAAUACGUGUUCAACAACAUGCAUGUUUUACUGGAUAUUUUUGUGUAUGUCUUAGCUCAGCUGCUGGCUGUACAUGACAGCAGGUGAGCCCAAGACUUCUGCUCAGCGGUAGAGGAAAUCACCUGCAAGAAAUGGUGUAAAUUCGGCAAAUUACUUGUAGACAAGCUGGGAGGAACGUGUUGAAGUGAUCCGGUGCCUGUGCGUUCAGUGUGCUUCGUUCGUGUGAUAGUAGUGACCUUCGUAUCUAUUGAUUUUUUAUUUCCGAGUAUUCACUUGCAAGUUCCGUCAGAUGUGCUCGGCUUAUUAGCAACUCAGUAGUACAUGUGACCUGGCUGUGUGUAGACUGUCAGCUGUCGUUUGACGUUACGUACCUGUUUACAUGCGAGCAUAUUAUUUACGCAGCUAGUAGAUCUCAAGUCUGUGAAUAGUUACUAGCGCUGUUGUUUGCACAGAACUAGGUAAUAACCCGAAACAAGACAUAGACGAAGAGGAAGUCUCUUGGCAAUUGAAUUAGCGCCGUAUCUCUGAAGAACAAUUGACUGUUCUUGCGUUUAAGAGUAACGGUAAAAAUAAGAUGAAAAAUUUUGCUACUCUUGAGGGGAAGUUGUAACGGUGUGCAGCUGGGUGACACCAUACCGUUGGAGUGAUGCCUUUUCCGAGUACACUUUACAAAAUAGUGUUCUCUCAUAAUGGAACUGCGGCGAACUGAGGAUUGCGGACGACAUCUUUAAUGACAAUGGCACACGAUGACCAGACGAGAGACCCGGAAGAGCGAGGGAACGCGUUUUCGAAGGCCGACGCGUUCUCGCUGUCCUCGUUCGGCUCCAACAGCAGUGAGGAGGGCAGCCUGGUGACAGAUGGGGAAGACGAGGAGGACAAGGGCGGACACGUCAACCUGGUGAUGAGCGAGCUGCUCAACCAGCCGCCGCCCUCCAGCGUCAACAUCACCAACUCGUCGGAUGUCCGCAUCGGUCCGAGCCUCAACUACAAUGGCCCCGUCACCAUUAACCAGUUCCUCAACUUGCAGCAGCAGGGUGCGCUUGGAGCCGAAGACAUUCCUCUGCCGCUGGAUGUAACAGGGAAAGGCGUUCUGACUGGCGUCGCAUCCUCGGGAAUCGGCGGCAGCGCAGAAGUGAGCAAGCGCUCUGGCGGCGAUGGCGCUGGCGCCAGAGGUGCGCUCUGGUGGCGGCGUCCCAAAGUGCUUGCGGCAGCAGGAGUGUUCGUAGUGUUCGUGGCCGGCGCCGCGACGGCCGUGGCGCUGCUGUGGCCCUCCUCGAGAGUUGGGUCGGGCACCUCCACUCCCAUCACCUCCAGUCGCAAUACUAUGGCGUCCCAGAGGAACUACGUCAUUCCCACAGUGCCUCCGCCGAACCCUGAACUGGUGCUGAAGAACGGACAGCGUAUCGUUCCCAGGUCCGUGUGGAGCAGUGGCGUGCCGCCCAAUUUCAGGAUCCCUCUGCACCAUCCGAUACCGUAUGUGGUCGUCGGACACACGGCGGGCACGGCCUGCAGAGGCGAAGAGGAGUGUUUCGUCCUCCUGCGCGCAUACCGCGACGAGCACUACGCCAAGUGGGGGCAGCCCGACAUCUCGUACAACUUCCUCAUAGACGUGGAGGGCAACAUCUACGAGGGCCGCGGCUGGGGCGCCACCAACAACUACGACAGGGAGUGGGUGCUGCGCUGCAACCUGGCCGUCACCUUCAUGGGCAACUUCGUGCACCACAAUGCGACGGAGGCGAUGGCGCACUCGCUGCAGCUGCUGCUAGAGCUGGGCGUGUCUCUGGGCAAGCUGGACAGCGAGUACCGGCUACUGGCGCACAAUCAGGUGGCCAGCACUCUCAGCCCGGGGCCCAACGUGCUCAAGCUCAUCGAGUCCUGGCCGCACCGCUGCUUGAAGCUCUGCAGCGCCGGCAUGCAGUGCAUCCGAGCAAACUCGACGGAAGUGAGCACGACAGCAUUGAGCACCGUCGAAAGUGGAGAAAGCUGAACUGCAGCAAGCGAUUGUGCGCUGGAAAUAGUUCUGUGGUACCAGACCUAUUCCUCGAAUUCUGUGUGCCGGACUUUUUCUGGUGUUGUAAGUGAACCUCUAAGAACGGACUGAUUGGUGAACCUCACAUUCGACAUAUAAUUUGACUAAUACCUUGAUUUAUUCAGCAUAGUCGCAGUACACCCAGUGAAAACAGUUCAUAACCUGGCCACGCCGAGUCAAGAGUCACUGCAUCCCAAAACUGAACAAGGUAAUCUCACCAAAACGUCCAGAGAGCCAAAGCCAAGACGUUACACUCAGUACUGAAGCCCUCCACUGUAGUAACAGGGUACGCAUCCAAUCCACAGGUUGUUGUUAUUGUGGUCUUCAGUCCUGAGACUGGUUUGAUGCAGCUCUCCAUGCCAAUCUAUCCUGUGCAAGCUCCUUCAUCUCCCAGUACCUACAGCGACCUACAUCCUUCUGAAUCUGC